GUAACUUGGAGUCUUGUACUCAAGGAAAAAUAGUUCAAAAAACUGAAAUGCAGCUUUGCUUCUUCAAUUAUUUAAAGCAUACAAAAUGGAACUAUUUUCUAGGGAUCUGAACUAGAUUAAAAGAAAUUAUACAAAAAGGCAAAGAAAAAACUACGAGUGAGUAUAAUUAAAUCGAUAGAUACCAGCAGCAAUCAUUACAGAAAACUAUGGCAAACAAGCUUGCCUAGUUAUAUUGAAUAAAUGACACAACAUCAUCAAUCAUCAAUAAUUAAACUAUCUCUUUACCCCCUCUCUCAAAGUACAAAUGACCAGUGGAAAGCACAUCGAACACUCGGGACGAAAUCAUUGCUCACAAGAACAUACAAGACGACAACGUUGGAAGACACAACACGCAUGAAAGUAACACAAACACUCUCCAAAUUAAUGAUAACACCGUAAUUUCGAAGACCAGUGAACCGCUCAGCUUCGAGGGAAGACCCCUUUUGACGAUCUCUUUCCUAUUCACACUUGAAGCCAGGAGGGAUUGACUUGCCACACGCGCUGACGAUGGCACUCAAUGCAAUUGGGAUGUUCAAGUUGAUUCCAAGCACGUUGGCCUUGAUGGCGGUGCAUAGGCAGAGGGCCACGUCCAAAUCGGCCAAGCCCUCGAGCAACGCGCAGCACGGGCUGGACGGCGGGGUCCCGACGACGACGCUCACCACUCCCCCGAGGAGGUCCACGCACGCUCCGAGCUUCAGCGUGUCCCUCGGGCAUGCGGCGGGGGGCGGGGACGGGGACGGGAGCGUGCACGUGUGGCAAGCAUUGGAGACGGUGGCGAGGAGGAGGAGGGAGAGAAUGAAAAUGGGGGUGGAACGAGCCAUCGGGACGAAGAAAGGAGAAGUUUUUCUAGGGCUGUUUCUGGAGCAAAUGCGUGUCCUCUCUUUUCUUUGGGUUUUGGGUUAAGUGUGAGGUUGAAGGAAGGAGGGUGCUGAGUGAUUUAAAGGGGAUUUGUGAGGUGGAUGUGUUGUGGAAGGAGGGAG